AUAUAUAUAUAAAAGGCAAAACCCUAGCAAGGCGAUACUCUUCGACUCAGCCGUCCUUUCGCAUAAACCAUUUGGAGUUGGAACUUAGGAGGAGGAGGACGACGACGACAAUGGCCCCGAAGAAAGGAGUUAAGGUAGCUGCGAAGAAGAAGACGGAGAAAGUUACAAACCCUCUAUUCGAGAGGAGGCCUAAGCAAUUCGGUAUUGGUGGAGCUUUGCCUCCUAAGAAGGAUCUCUCUCGCUACAUCAAAUGGCCCAAAUCCAUCCGUCUUCAAAGGCAAAAGAGGAUCCUUAAGCAGAGGUUGAAGGUUCCUCCAGCUCUUAACCAAUUCACCAAGACUCUUGACAAGAAUCUUGCUACCAGCCUCUUCAAGGUCCUUCUCAAGUACAGGCCAGAAGACAAAGCUGCCAAGAAAGAGCGUCUUGUCAAAAAGGCCCAAGCUGAAGCUGAGGGAAAGCCUUCCGAGUCUAAGAAGCCCAUUGUUGUCAAAUACGGCCUCAACCAUGUGACCUACCUCAUUGAGCAGAACAAGGCUCAACUUGUUGUCAUCGCUCAUGAUGUUGACCCAAUUGAGUUGGUUGUCUGGUUGCCUGCUCUGUGCAGGAAGAUGGAAGUCCCCUACUGCAUUGUCAAGGGCAAAUCUCGUCUUGGCGCGGUUGUUCACCAAAAGACUGCUGCUUGCUUGUGUUUGACCACUGUCAAGAACGAGGACAAGCUAGAGUUCAGCAAAAUCCUAGAGGCUAUCAAGGCUAACUUCAAUGACAAGUACGAGGAGUACAGGAAGAAAUGGGGAGGAGGCAUAAUGGGAUCAAAGUCUCAGGCUAAGACCAAGGCCAAGGAAAGAGUUCUUGCAAAGGAGGCUGCCCAAAGGCUGAAUUAAGAGAGGCUAGCUUCUUUUGUUUGUGGUUUGCUCGGAUUCUUGGAACUUAAUAGAGCUUUUUGUUUAUCUGUUUCUUGAAGUACUCUUUUUAGUUGAACCCUUGUUUUUGGAUGUUUGCACUUUCUUCGGACAGUUUCAAUGUUGUUCAAGCUGCUGGAUCCUUUUUGGUCUCUCAACCACUUAAAACUUUACAUUA